UUUCAGUUUGCAGGAAUCGCUCAUCCAGGAGCCUGGUCCACUAAGGGAUAUUUGGAUAUUUUUCGGUCUGGAUGCUGUAGAUCGGGGUUGGGCUCUCUCUGACUUCCUUGUCUGUCUAGCUGUGUGUGAGGACGCUGCAUGUCUGGCACGCAGACAUGGGCCCCUCGUUACGCUCUAGGAUUACCAUCUGCCUGGUCAUCACCUUGGCACAGGUGAUCACCGUGAUCUGCCAAGAAGAUACCAAGAAAGACACCUGCACAGAAAAUGGAAAAGUCUACGCCAACAAUGACAUGUGGAACCCAGAGCCGUGUCGGCUCUGUGUAUGCAAUAUGGGGACUGCUGUGUGUGAAGACGUGGUUUGUGAGGACCUUGGCGACUGUCAGAAAACUUUGACUCCAGAGGGCGAGUGUUGCCCUGUGUGCUUGACUGCAGCUUCAACAUCAAUGCCCAACACAGACCCCACAACAGCUGCAGAUGAGAAGAAAGGGGAAAGCUGCAUAGUCGAUGAGGAGAUCUACCAUCACAACGACAUUUGGAAACCAGAGCCUUGUCGCGUGUGUGUCUGUGACAACGGUGUCGCCAUCUGCGAUGAGGUGCAGUGUGAAUUGCUGUCAAACUGCGAGAAGGUCGUCACAACUGAGGGGGAGUGCUGUCCAGUGUGUGACAGCUUUGCCAGUGCCAGCAGGAUGAUAGAAAUUCUGGCCUUCAAGGGACAGAAAGGUGAACCAGGUGAUAUCCCAUAUGUGGUGGGGCUCCCUGGACCUUCAGGACCACAGGGUCCUCCAGGAGCUCAGGGACGCACUGGACCAAGAGGCUUUAAAGGCAGACGGGGAUUUCAGGGGCCUCCAGGUUUUGAUGGAGAGCCCGGUGUUCCAGGAAAUCCAGGAAAGGAGGGGCCCCCAGGCCAUCCCUCCCACCCUGGGGGCAACCUAGUGUCACAGAUGGCUUCAGGUUUCAGUGAGAAGUCUGGUCUAGCUGGGAUGGUAUCAGGAUCAAGGGGUGAAGCAGGACCACGAGGACCUCCAGGGAUGCCUGGACCACCAGGUCCAAGUGGUGGUCAGGGAAUUCCAGGAGAUGCAGGAGAUCCAGGACCAAUGGGUGAGCCAGGUCAUCGAGGACCAGAUGGGCUGCCAGGAAAACCUGGACCUGAUGGAGAAUCUGGACCUGCAGGUGCUACAGGAGAACCAGGAUUUCCAGGAUCAACGGGUGCAAGAGGAUUCCCUGGACUUCCAGGUCAUCCAGGACUGAAAGGUCACAAGGGACAUGCUGGUCUUAUCGGGUCUAGAGGCGAGUCUGGAGCCGCUGGAACCAAGGGUACAUCUGGUACUCCGGGUGCAAUGGGUGCUCCAGGCCCACAGGGACCAGCGGGUUUGCAGGGAGAAAGAGGCAGAGCCGGACCAAGUGGUCCUGUGGGAAAACGCGGGGCAUCCGGUCAUGUUGGCAAACCAGGUCCUCUGGGCCCAAUGGGAAUCACUGGAGUGCCAGGUUUUCCUGGUAGCCCAGGAAUGAAGGGUGAAGCAGGACCGACCGGAGUGAGAGGAAGUCCAGGACAGCAGGGACCCAGAGGGGAUGGCGGUCACGUAGGACCACCUGGACCGACAGGACAGCAGGGUGCUUCAGGGACUGAUGGAGCUCCAGGCGCUCGUGGCCAAUCAGGUCUAGCAGGUGUCCAGGGUCCAGCAGGGCUUUUGGGCCCCCCUGGUCCCCCCGGCCCUCAGGGAACCACAGGAUCACCAGGACCAAAGGGCCAACUGGGAGAUGUUGGAGUGCCUGGAUUCAAAGGAGAAGCUGGAUUCAAGGGGGAAAGGGGUGACCAUGGCCCUCCGGGUCCAUUGGGACCAAUGGGAGAGGACGGGAAGCGUGGACCCAGAGGUGAUGCUGGAUCCAUAGGUCCUCAAGGACCUCCAGGAGAGACAGGAGCUCCCGGAAAUAGAGGUUUCCCCGGUGCAGAUGGUUUACCAGGCCAAAAGGGAGCCCAGGGUGAAAGAGGACUGCCAGGGUCAACCGGCACCAAAGGUUUACCUGGAGAUCCAGGACGUAAUGGAGAGCCAGGUUUAACUGGAGCUCGGGGUCUGACAGGACUUAUUGGCGCCCAGGGAGCAGAGGGAAAGCAAGGACCAAUGGGCUCAGCAGGAGAGGAUGGCAAACCAGGUCCAGCUGGUUCUACUGGAAACCGAGGUUUAGCUGGACCAAUGGGCCUGCCAGGACCGAAAGGCUUCGCUGGUGAUGCUGGGAAGAUAGGAGAGGCUGGCACACCCGGGCCUCCAGGUCAAAGGGGGGCGAAUGGAAAAGACGGAGAGGAGGGUACUGCUGGUCCAGCUGGCCCAGCUGGUCCUGCAGGAAAGAGAGGAGAGCAGGGACCACAGGGGCUGCAUGGUUUCCAGGGUUUGCCCGGAAUGCCUGGCCCACCUGGAGAGUCAGGGAAACCAGGUGAUGAGGGUCUUGCUGGAGAGGGUGGGGCUGCCGGAGCGACAGGUCCAAGGGGAGAAAGAGGCCCUCCAGGAGAGAGAGGUGAAAUUGGGCCCAAUGGGCUGCAGGGACCCAAAGGUAGUCCAGGUGGACCGGGAACAGAUGGGCCAAAGGGUAACCCUGGUCCAGCAGGUGCUGUUGGAGAGCCAGGAGGGACAGGACUUCAGGGGAUGCCAGGUGAGAGAGGCAUACCAGGACCUUCAGGCCCAAAAGGAGACGCAGGCUCUGUUGGAGAUAAAGGACCCGAAGGUAAAGCAGGAGCUGACGGUGCACGGGGGCUUCCUGGUCCUGUUGGACCUGUUGGUUCCAGUGGACCCAAUGGAGAAAAGGGUGAAACCGGCCCACCAGGACCUGCAGGGCGCCGAGGCUCAAGAGGAAUUGCUGGAUCUACUGGUGAGCCUGGUCCAACUGGAGCUGUUGGCUUCCCUGGAACUCCUGGUCCUGAGGGUCAACCUGGGAUCAAAGGUGAAACAGGUGAGCCAGGUCAGAAGGGAGAAGGAGGAGCACCUGGACCACAGGGGAUGGCUGGGCAAUCAGGAGCACAGGGACCCGUUGGUGUGACUGGAUUGAAAGGGGGCAGAGGUACGCAGGGUCAAGCAGGCUCUCCUGGUUUUCCUGGGUUGCCUGGAGGAGUUGGACCACAUGGCUCCCUUGGUGCUGUUGGGGCAGACGGGCCUAUAGGUGCUCCAGGAAAGCAGGGGCCCGGGAUUCGAGGAGAGAAUGGAGCUCAAGGACAUCAAGGAGAGACUGGACAUCCAGGCCCAGCGGGCAGCCCUGGAGAGAAGGGAGACUCUGGAGAGGAUGGUCCGGUGGGGCCUGAUGGGCCUUCAGGACCUGCUGGCACCGCAGGACAGAGAGGAGUUGUGGGUCAGCCUGGACUCAGAGGAGAGAGAGGCAUGCUGGGACUGCCAGGUCCUGCUGGUCCACCAGGAAAAGCCGGAGCUCCAGGAGUCCAGGGGAGCACAGGGCCCGCUGGUGGAGUUGGUUUACCAGGAUCCACCGGGCCAAGAGGAGACGCCGGCCCUGAGGGUAUCGCUGGAGCAGAGGGGCCCCCCGGUAAGGACGGCCUUGUAGGGGAAAGGGGAGACAGGGGUAAUCCUGGUCAAGAGGGCCUUGCUGGUGUUAAUGGCUCUCCAGGAACUGAGGGUCCUGUGGGACUGACGGGUGCUCCGGGAGAAAGAGGCGAAAACGGUGCCAAAGGCCCCCCUGGACCCCAUGGACCAGCUGGAGUACGGGGGAAAGUGGGACCUCAAGGACCACAGGGAGAGAAAGGUGCCGCUGGAGAACAAGGGGAGAGGGGUCAGAAAGGACAUAGAGGUUUCACUGGACUCCACGGUUUGCCAGGAACAACUGGUGCCACAGGGGAGCCAGGAGCUACAGGUAUUGUGGGACCAGCUGGGCCGAGGGGUCCUCCAGGAGUGGUGGGUCCUCCUGGAAAGGAAGGAAACAUCGGCCAGCCUGGACCAAUGGGUGCUCCUGGAAGUAGAGGUUCCGGUGGGGACCUCGGAGAACAGGGUCCACAAGGUGAACCUGGACCGCCUGGCCCUCCAGGCCCCCCAGGGCCUCCCACCCCAGCAGACCUCUUUGCUCCCCCUUACGAUUAUGAUGGGAACGGCGGUGUGCCAGAAGCUGAGGAAUUCGUCGAGGACUAUGUGGCCGCUGAUCCUCCUCCACCUCCAGAGUUUAACAAAGAUGAAGCCCUUCCCAAUAAGAACGAGGCUGCCCUGCGUGCAGAAACUGGUGUCCAUGCCACACUGAAGACCCUCAGCGGACAUUUGCAAAACCUCCGCAGUCCUGAUGGCAGCAAGAUGAACCCAGCUAAGACCUGCCAGGACAUCAAGCAGUGCUACCCUCACAAAAAGAGUGGUGAGUACUGGAUUGAUCCAAAUCAAGGAAGCACAAAAGAUGCCAUCAAAGUCUUCUGUAAUAUGGAAAGUGGUGAAACCUGCAUCUCUGCCAAUCCGGCCAACAUUCCCAGCAAAGCCUGGUGGACAAAAUCCAGUCCCAGUGCCAACAAACCCAUCUGGUUUGGAGCAGACAUGAACAGUGGAACUAGAUUCCGCUACGGAAAUAAGGAGGAGCAGCCGAACGCCGUGGUGGUCCAGUUGAAGCUGCUGCAGCUUUUGUCCAAAGAGUCACACCAGAACAUCACCUACCAUUGCAGGAACAGUGUGGCUUAUAAAGAUGAGAAGAGCAGCAACCUGAAGAAAGCUCUGGUCCUCAAAGGCUACAAUGGCCAGGAGCUGAGGGCGCAAGGCAACAACCUCCGAUACACAGUCAUUGAGGACGGCUGCUCGAAAACCAACGGAGAGUGGGGCAAGACAGUGAUUGAGUACAGGACUCAAACUUCGGUCAGGCUGCCCGUUCUGGACUUGGGGCCAGUGGACAUUGGAAAGGCUGAUCAGGAGUUCGGCUUUGACAUCGGCCCUGUGUGCUUCUUAUAAAACACAAAUCUCCAACGCAAGAUGGACAGAAUUAGCCUUUUUUAGAGGAGUAACAUCAUCACCAGAAAUUAUAGUAUAUGGACUCCUCUUUCUGUGAGCGUACAAGUCAAUGAAGGUUAGAUGUCUCAUUGCUGCCAUUCACACACCCAUAAGCUGUUGAAGUACAGUGUACUUGCUGUGUCUGCCAGCAUACGAGAGCCAUGUGACUAGGAUGCUGACAUAAUUUAUUCAUCAAUAAAUAAAUGUACAAUCUAGAGCACAAGUACUCUACAGGGAAAUGCAUGUGGGUGGAAAAAAAACAUAAAAAUAGAAAGCAAAGUUUUAGAAGAAUUGUAAACUUGCAUAAACUGGAAAAACAGCCAGUAAUGUUAUUUCUUAAAGGGAUGUAGUGUCUUUUUGGGUGGAUUUAGAGCUUAUUGCACAAUAACUGAAGGUUUAAAGUGAAUAAAAGCAUUCAGACCUUUUCAUUUGGCUAUUUCCCAGUAUAUGCAAGUCAGAAGGCCUGGAUAGGGCAAGCGUUGAUAUAGCAAUGACUGUAGUUCUUAAUUUUAAUGGAAUAAAAAAUUUAAAUCAUGCUUGAACCUAAAUUAUUACAUUCUGUGCAGGAACUCAUUUACUCACCACAGAAAACUUUUGUAUCUCCUCUUCAAACUUCACCUGUAAAUGCAACAUAUGACUGUAAAUUGCAAAUUAUUUGUUUGUUGUUGACUAUGGAUGUGGAAUAAAUGUCUUUCUUUGGAAUGACUGUGCUCUUCACACAAACCAAUGCCAGAAAAGUUUAAUAAAUGCUCAGUUCCCCCAAAUGAACAGCAAAAGUUUGCUUUGAAAAUGAGUUAAAAUCAGUUUAGAAAUGACUGAAACUAAACCAUCUCACCACUAGGGGGAGACAUUGCUUUAACCUUAAUGUCAUCUAAUCACAGUAAACUGCUUUCACCUGAUGGACUUUGAAAUGAAAAACCAGCAGGGCUCUGGGGGUUGAAGACCAGUAAAUCCUGUGUUCAAACUGCAGCAUCAAUGCACAUUUCAGACAUGGUUUUAAGCCAUCUGUUUUGCAUUGGUGCUUAUUUCUUGAAAUACACCAACAUACUGUUUUACUGAUUUUCAAAACUAACACAGAAGCCUAAUAUCAGUUCUGAAAAGGUGUCCUGGUGGCAUGCUUUCCCCUCUCCUUCAGCAUGUAUGGAUGUGUGAACGAAUGAGAUGCAAAAAAAAGAGCCAGAGAGGGAGAGAGAAGGCGUCCCUACAGGAAGAAAAAGAGGCAAAGUUCAGGCAGCAUAUGUUUCUGGGUCGACCUCUCCUCUGCGCUCGGUGAAAGACGUGACACUCUCACCGUUUCCUGCAGCCUGGGCUCGCUCCACAUCUGUCGAGGUGGUCAUUUUUAGCCAGGGCUGCUAUUUUCAUAACGAGCAUGGAACGUUUUAGAUAAAAGUGGUGGGGAAGGAAUCUAAACAUUUACAUUUGCAUAUUAUAAGCUGCUCAGUUGGGGACAAGAGUGUCAAGUCUAGCAUAAAAUUACAUAACAUCGCAGUUCAGAAAAUCACAGUUCCACUGCCCAUUUUCCUCCCAUCACAGCAAGCUGUUAAAGCUUUUUUUAUGUUGCUGAAGGUGAUUUAUACAUCGAAGGCCACAAAAGACCAAAACUAUGUUUGAGAUUGAAGUCCUUUAAGUCCCAGAAUUCCUUAGUGUACCUUUAACGCAAUUUUGUCCUGAAAGUCAAGUCCAGUUAAAAUGAUUUUAAUAAUAUU